CCCAAAUCACCAUGCUCACAACUCUUCCCAGCUGUCUCGUUGGCUCGUCCCGCCACUGGUCGUCUCCUCUCCACACUGUACCCCGAAUCCCAAUUUCUUUCUUCCUUGCCUAUUUCUUUCUGCUUCCAGAAUCAACCGCAACAUUUGAGGUGAAUCAAUUGCAAUUCAGUAAGAUAAGAAUUUGAUAAAAGAAGUUUGGUAUUUGGUUGUCAAGUGCAAUGGCUUCAACAGGACAACCAGCAUCAUCCUUAAAACGAUCUGCAGUGAGAGAUGAGGAUCAGCUUAUAAUAACACCUUUGGGGGCUGGUAGUGAAGUGGGACGAUCUUGUGUUCACAUGUCUUACAAGGGGAAAAUUGUUAUGUUUGACUGCGGCAUUCAUCCAGCUUUCUCGGGAAUGGCUGCAUUGCCUUACUUUGAUGAAAUCGAUCCUUCAUGCAUUGAUGUUCUUCUUAUUACUCACUUUCACUUGGACCAUGCUGCUUCCCUUCCCUAUUUUCUGGAGAAGACCACAUUCAAAGGGAGAGUUUUUAUGACACAUGCAACAAAAGCAAUCUACAAGCUGCUCUUAUCAGAUUAUGUUAAAGUGAGCAAGGUCUCAGUUGAAGAUAUGUUGUUUGAUGAACAAGACAUUCUUCGGUCCAUGGAUAAAAUUGAGGUUAUUGAUUUUCAUCAGACUCUAGAAGUUAAUGGUAUCCGCUUUUGGUGUUAUACUGCUGGUCAUGUCCUUGGUGCUGCUAUGUUUAUGGUUGACAUUGCCGGUGUUCGUGUUCUCUACACUGGAGAUUAUUCGCGAGAAGAAGAUCGUCACCUUCGUGCUGCUGAGCUCCCCCAGUUCUCGCCGGAUGUUUGCAUUAUUGAAUCAACUUACGGCGUUCAACUCCACGAGCCAAGGCAUAUACGCGAGAAGCGCUUUACUGAUGUCAUUCACUCUACCGUUACCCAAGGUGGUCGUGUUCUAAUUCCUGCUUUUGCCCUUGGCCGUGCACAAGAACUUCUCCUGAUCCUGGAUGAAUACUGGUCAAGUCAUCCUGAUCUUCACAAAGUCCCUAUAUAUUAUGCUUCUCCACUUGCAAAAAGGUGCAUGGCUGUUUAUCAAACUUACACUAAUGCCAUGAAUGAGAAGAUCCGGAAUCAAUUUGCCAGUACAAACCCCUUUGAUUUCAAGCACAUCUUUCCAUUGAAAAGUAUUGAUGAAUUUAACGACACAGGCCCAUGUGUGGUUAUGGCCACCCCUGGUGGGCUUCAGAGUGGUUUGUCGAGACAGCUGUUUGAUAAAUGGUGCUCAGACAGGAAAAAUGCUUGUGUCAUACCUGGGUAUGUUGUGGAAGGGACAUUGGCUAAGACUAUUAUUAAUGAACCUAAAGAAGUUACUCUCACGAAUGGCUUGACUGCCUCCCUGAACAUGCAGGUCCAUUAUAUUUCCUUUUCAGCUCAUGCGGACUAUGCUCAAACAAGCACUUUCCUGAAAGAGCUGAUGCCUCCCAAUAUCAUUCUGGUUCAUGGUGAAGCAAAUGAGAUGGGAAGGCUCAAACAGAAGCUCCUUUCUGUCUUUGCUGAUGGCAACACCAAAAUCAUAACCCCGAAGAACUGCCAAUCUGUAGAAAUGUACUUCAACUCGCAGAAAAUGUCAAAAACUAUUGGAAAGCUGGCUGAAAAGAAGCCUACAGUUGGUGAAACUGUUAGUGGUUUACUUGUUAAAAAGGGCUUCACCUAUCAGAUUAUGGCACCUGAGGAUCUUCACGUCUUCUCUCAGCUGUUGACUGGGAAUAUUAUUCAAAGGAUUACUAUCCCCUACUCUGGAGCGCUUGCUGUUAUAAAAUACAGGCUUAAGCAGAUAUAUGAAAGUGUGGAGUCGUCAACGGACGAGGAAUCAGGGGUUCCCACUUUGCUAGUGCAUGAUCGGGUGACAGUGAAGCAGGAAUCAGAAAAUCAUCUUUCACUUCAUUGGACAGCGGAUCCGAUUAGUGAUAUGGUAUCUGACUCUAUUGUGGCUUUGGUUUUAAAUGUCAGUAGGGAGAUGCCUAAGGUGGUGGUUGAUCCUGAAACUGUAGUAAACCAGGAAGAAGACUCGAAGAAAGCUGAAAAAAUCGUAUAUGCACUCCUUAUUUCCUUGUUUGGAGACGUUAAAUAUGGGGAAGACGGGAAGCUGGUGAUCAAUGUGGAUGGGAAUGUAGCUCAACUAGACAAAGAAAGUGGCGAGGUCGAAAGCGAGAACGGCGGUCUUAAGGAACGAGUUAAGAUGGCAUUCCGGCGAAUCAGAAGCGCGGUGAAGCCAAUCCCUCUUUCAGGAUCUUAGCGUUUCUUAUUCAUCCCCCCACUCCCUGACUGUUUUUCGUAUCGGGUCAGUGUUACUACAUGUAAUUUUGUGGUACCUGAUGAGUCGUUCUCAUUCGCAAAGCAUGUUUUUAUAUGUAUUCUUACGUCUUGUUUGUUCUACCAGUUACUUUUUCUUUUUCCUCCCUGAGUGGUUAACUUUGGCAUCCCUUCAAUUUUA